AUGUUAGACCUAUCAGGAUUUCUUCCUCAUGACCCGUUCCAGCGGCUUACGAUUGCUCUGUGUAUCGUCGGUCUCCUUCUCGCUACCACUUUUGCUUUCGCACUCAAACCAAAAGACAAAGAGAGUUCGGUUGGUGGCUUGGGAGCUUAUCUGAAGUUCAUCUACGGGUGCUUUUUGAAACCUCAUACCGGCGAUGGAUCUGGAAGUCAGCAGGAUGCUCUGGAGAGCUUCUACAAAGCCCAAGCCAGCGUAUACGAUGCUACCCGCGUCAACCUCCUCCGAGGACGUGAAGAUAUGCUAGGGCUCGUGGCAGCACAGUUGAAGCACCGAGCUGAUGCGGGUCUUAUCUCGCAGCGUCCAGUCUGGGUCGAUCAAAUGAACGUCUUCCUCUCGGUGCCAAACUUCUUCCGUGCAGUUUACGUUGUCGAUCUCUCCCCGAGUCUAUGUGAAAUGGCUCGCAAGCGCUUUACCCGCCUUGGAUGGACAAACGUUAAAGUCAUUUGUCAGGACGCUCGCGCUUUCCGUCUCCAUGAACAUGAGUCACAAGCUGAUCGACACAAGACACCAGUGUCUCAAGGUCAGGCAAUCCAGGAUCUUGAUGAGAAUGCUGAUGCUGGUGGCGCCGAAUUAGUUACUCUGAGCUAUGCCCUGUCUAUGAUCCCGGAAUUCUACCCCGUCAUUGACUCGAUCGACAGCCUGUUAAGUUCUAGUGGUAUCUGUGGUGUUAUUGACUUCUACGUACAGAACCAGGUCGAUUUCAGGGGGCGUAACUACAUGGGUGGCGCUAUCGAUCGUCACUGUAUGUGGCUCUCUCGCGUGUUCUGGCGGACGUGGUUUGAAAUCGAUCGAGUGAAUCUCGAAGCCGCAAGAAGGGAUUAUCUCGAGUACCGCUUCGGAACAGUGCUUAGUGUCAAUGCCAGGAACAACUUCUUCGGCACUGGCAUCAAGUUGCCAUACUACAUCUGGGUUGGAUGCUCCAAGGACAGCCAGACGUCAAUACAGAGGCUUGCUGAGAUCGACGCUGCCGCCACCGAAUCGCCGUAUCUAUCAGCCUUGGAUCUCCAAACCGGAGCCACCCAAACCGACGUCGAGAUCCACUCAAAGGCCUACGAGUCGGCGAUUGUAAACCUGCAAUCCAGCCUCCCUCUCCCCGCUACAUGGUACCAAAACCAUCACUGGCGCAUCCACUACGACUCCAGCCUUCCCAAGCACACCCGCUUCAACAACUCGUACAUUUACGCCUUCACCUGGGAAGAUGACGUCGCCGACAUGCGCCUGCUGAAACCCACCUCCAACGACGUCGUCCUUGCCAUCGGCUCCGCAGGUGACAACAUCCUGGCCUUCUGUCUCGAGAACCCGCGUCGCGUGCACGCCGUCGACCUAAACCCCUCGCAAAACCACCUCCUCGAGCUCAAAGUCGCCGCCUUCACAGCCCUCGGGUACCAGGAUGUAUGGCAGCUGUUCGGCGCCGGAAAGCACGCUGCCUUCAAAGCAUUAUUGAUAGAGAAACUCAGCCCCCAUCUCUCGAGCGAGGCAUUCCAGUUCUGGCUGCACAACGGCCCGUCCGUGUUCUCCCCAUCGUCGAGGGGCCUGUACCACUCCGGCGGCUCAGGCUAUGCCAUCUCGGCCGCAGGCUGGCUCUUCCGCGUCCUCGGCAUGUCCGACGACGUCAAGAAGCUGUGCGCCGCGCAAACGCUAAACGAACAGCGCGAGAUCUGGCACCGCAGCAUAAAAACAGUCCUCCACUCCAAAAUCCUCACUUACGCUAUCCUCGGAAACGCAAAAUGGCUGUGGAAAGCCCUCGGCGUGCCACCUGCCCAACGCGCGCUCAUCGAGGCGGAUUUCCGCAAGCAGGCCAACUCUCCCGGCUCACAGACUGCUACUGCAAGGCACACCGCGGCAGACGAAUACAUGGCCUUCCACACGCUCCCCAGCGACGACGUUCUCAACUCCCCGCCCGGAAACGCAAUCUACGCCUACGUGCUCGCCACCUUCGAGCCCGUCGUCAACACAACCCUCCUCUCAACCUCAAACCACUACUACGUCCUCGCCCUCCUGGGCCACUACACACCCCACUCACACCCAACGUACCUCUCACCCCGCGCCCACGCCAAGCUCAGCAAGCCGCACGCCUUCGCCGGCCUGCGCAUCCACACCGACGAGCUGAGCGAGGUGCUGGCGCGCAUGCGGCCCGCGACGCUGACCAUCGUCGUGGUGAUGGAUAGCAUGGAUUGGUUUCCACGGGCGGGCGGGCAGGCGGUGCGGCAGAUUCGCGCGUUGAAUCGGGCGCUGAGGGUGCGCGGGAGGGUGUUGCUUAGGAGUGCGGGGCUGGAGCCGUGGUAUCUUGGGGUGUUUGCGAGGAGUGGGUUUGUGUGUCGGAGGGUGGGGGUUAGGACGCCUGGGGGGUGUGUUGAUCGGGUGAAUAUGUAUGCUUCGACGUGGAUUUGUACUAAGGAGGGUGGGGUUGAGGGGGAGGACGAUGGGGUGCGUUCUGGGGAGGUGGAGUUGGCGGAGUUGGAGCUUGAGGAGCCGGCUAUGCGGAUGGAUUAGAGUCUUGGUCUGUUGCUUUAACUCACAAGUGGUUUUGUAUUCUUGCAUGUCCAACGACAGGAUCAAUCGUAAUGCAUAGAUGUUCC